GAGCUGAGCCAGGUAUGGCAGCAGCUGUGGGUGGAGUGGGUAUCUCGCAUUGCAGCAGGGGAAGCUUAGGUGAGAGAUCAGGGAAAACGUCCUGGCUGGGAGGAUGGUAAAGCACUGGAGCAGGUGACCCAGAGAGGUGGUGGCGUCUCCAUCCUUUUAAGACCAACAGAGAUAAAACCUUGGCUGGGGGGCUAUAGCUGGGGCUGGUCCUGCUGUGAGCAGGACCCCAAGCUGCCACAGGGAAAAGCAGGACAACCACUGCAGCCCAUGUCAUAGACCAGCAGGGUUGGAAGGGAGGGGGUCAUUUAGUUCAGCCCCCUGCCUGAGGCAGGAUCAGCCAUAUCCAAACCAUCCAUGUGAUCCAUAAAUUCUUCCUCAAGCUUGACACAAUGCAAGACCUAACACCUGAACUAGAUGCUCUCAUGAGCUUCCUUCCAGCCUUUGUUUCGUAUGACUCUAGCAUCCCCCAGCAGCCACCUCCUGGCCUCACUCAGCCCAGCCCAAAAAGCAGCAGGUGCUUGGGUGCCCAGCUAAUACCUUCUCGUUUCCUCCUGGCAGCCCGGGAUGGAGCCCCCUGUGUAUUUGGCGGCAUGGUGUAUCGGAGCGGGGAGUCCUUCCAGAGCAGCUGCAAGUACCAGUGCACCUGCCUGGAUGGGGCGGUGGGCUGUGUGCCCCUGUGCAGCAUGGACGUACGCCUGCCCAGCCCUGACUGCCCCUACCCACGGCGGGUGAAGCUCCCUGGCAAGUGCUGCGAGGAGUGGGUGUGUGAUGAGCCAAAGGAGCGGACAGCCGUGGGACCAGCCCUAGCUGCUUACCGACUGGAGGAUACAUAUGGUCCUGACCCAACCAUGAUGCGUGCCAACUGCCUGGUCCAGACCACCGAAUGGAGCGCUUGCUCUAAGACCUGUGGAAUGGGCAUCUCCACCAGGGUCACCAAUGACAAUGCCUUCUGCAGACUGGAGAAGCAAAGCAGGCUCUGUAUGGUCCGACCCUGUGAAGUAGACCUGGAGGAGAACAUCAAGAAAGGCAAAAAGUGCAUUCGCACCCCCAAAAUCUCCAAGCCCAUCAAGUUCGAGCUCUCUGGCUGCACCAGCGUGAAGACCUACAGGGCUAAAUUCUGUGGUGUCUGCACUGAUGGGCGCUGCUGUACCCCCCACAGAACAGCCACUCUGCCUGUGGAGUUCAAGUGCCCUGACGGUGAGGUCAUGAAGAGGAGAAUGAUGUUCAUCAAGACCUGUGCAUGCCACUACAACUGCCCUGGAGACAAUGACAUCUUUGAGUCUCUGUACUACAGAAAGAUGUAUGGAGACAUGGCAUAAAGCCAGAAGGAGACAAGCUAGAGACUUUCAACUUGAACUGUUUUUUUUUUUGCAUCUCAUUUUUUUUGUAUUUUUUUUUUUUUUUGUAAACAUGAUUCAAUAGCACAAGGUAUUUAAAUCUUUUUUUUAAGUUCAACAAACUUGCUCCACGUGACUUUUAAGACAAAUUGUCUACUGACCCCAAACAUUUGGUUUGAAGAAGAGGGUAAAAUGGACCUUGGGACCACAGCAAAGCACAAGAUCCAGAAAAUGCUGUUCAUGAGGUGUUGUUUAGGGGUUGCUAGGGGCCAUUUGCAGGAAGAGCAGCUCUCAAGCAGUGUUCCCUUGGUGUGGUACUGUGUGUUCCACCUAGUAGUGCAAUGGAAAAGGAGACCCUUAGCAUGUUUGCUGACACUGGGAUAUUGGCAGUGACAGCUGGAAUGUAAAUCCUCACCCAGCAAGGUGCUAAGUAGAAGGUGUUCUGUUAGUCAGGACAGUAAAUGUAUCAGCUUUGACACUGAUUCAAAUGACUUGUUCAAGAAGAAUCAGAAUCAUGUCUAUUAGACUGGACAGCUUGUGACAGUUACUUUACCUGUAACAAGCUACUUUUUAUUAAUAUUGUAAAUACUGUAUAUAUAUUUGUACAGUUAUCUAAAUUAAUUUAAAGUUUUGUGCCUUUGUUAAUGCUUUGGUAUUUUAAUGAUAGCCUCCUCUUUUGGAACAAGAUAGGUAGGAUGUAAGGCUUGUCUGACAAUGCAUUCAAAGCGUGAAAUAGAUACUCUAGUGGAAAUUGUUCAGUUAAGGUGACGGUGAGACUACUUGCUACAGUUGAGGUGCUUCUGUCCUUGGUAGCAUUCAUGUGUAUGGGGAAAAAUAUGGUUACCUCAGCUUUAGUAUGCAAGUGACCUUAAGUAAAGUCAGUAAAUUGUUUUUGUAGCUGACCAAUCUUUCCACAUGGGAGAAUUUGUUUCUUUCUUUGACUAUUGCUGUUCUUUGAACAGUUUGUUUAUUUGUUGAGAAGUGUGACCAAAAGUUACAUGUUUGCACCUUUUUAGUUGGAAAUAAAGUAUUAUAUUUUUUAUA